UUUUAGGAAGUAACGUAUUAAACAUCACAAUAAAUAGGUUACGAACUCAAUCUAUUCUCGCAGCGGAGAUAUGUCACUCAUUAGAACAGUGUGGGAGUGUGCAUUCAGUCCAAAAUUGUACAAAAUACAAGAGACAACAUGGAAAUCUUACGAGCAGAAUAGUUUUGAACGAUGGGGCGACCACGUCAUAACAUCAUUCGUAGCAAUAUGGUCGAUCAGUAUGUAUGCUCUGCCCCUUAUCGCAACGUUUAUGUAUCGUCGGAGCUACUCGCUGACGGAGAAUGCCUACUCCCUUACGAAAUUCGUUGCUGGUGCGGGCUUCAUUCUCAUCGCAUCGCUGGCAGUACGAGGAUAUGCACGAGCUAACAAUCCCACUUAUGCGAAGUUCGUCAAGGCUCUUAGUAAAGCCAAGAUGUCUUAUAGUUAUGAGGCCAAACAAGAUCUUUUGAAGUAUGAUUUCGAGUUCUGGGCUUGGCCAGCUGAUUUUAAAGUCAGUUCGAUAGAUCGGCCAGACGGUAAGAAAAGAAUAGUCAUGACAUCUUCGAAUAGAUUAACCAGGAGAGGAGGGAAAGAUUUGAUACUAGCUGUGCCUUGUAAAAUAAUCUCUUACGUUGUUGCUCAUACAAUUGCCCUGAAACUCAUGUACCCUGGAAGCAUGACACUAAUUAACAUGGCCCUGAAAGCAGCAAUGAUUCAGGGAAGAACAGACUUGAUUGAUCUUGGAGGUCAAAGAUGUAAGAUUAUUACGUUCGAAAAACUGGAAAUUGAUGCUAUGUUUGUUGAUAGACGAAAUAGAUCGAGCAAUGGAAACAUUCUUGUGAUCACAUGCGAGGGAAAUUGUGGAUUCUAUGAGACAGGUAUCAUGGCGACACCUCUCAAUAAAGGGUAUUCAGUCUUGGGGUGGAAUCAUCCCGGAUUUGGAGGGAGCACAGGGGCUCCUUAUCCUCCAUCUGAAAUAGAUGCAAUUGAUGCUGUGAUGAGAUUUGCAAAAGAACAUUUAUCUUUUCCUGAAGAUCGAAUCAUUUUGUAUGGAUGGAGCAUUGGAGGGUAUACGGCCACCUGGGCAGCUAUGAAUUAUCCUGACAUUCAUAGUCUAGUUCUUGACGCCACUUUUGAUGACGUUUUACCCUUGGCUACGUCGAGAAUGCCCGCCACUAUCGACAGUAUUGUACGAAACGUCAUCAGGGAUUAUUUGAAUCUCAAUGUUGCUGAACAAUUGAAAAAGUACGACCGUCGUGUUUUAUUGGUGAGACGCACAGACGAUGAGAUAAUGUGCACUCCAACGAGUAAUCUCAUUCAUAAUCGCGCGAAUUCGUUGUUAACUAAAUUAUUGCUGCAUCGUUACCCACAUUUGUUCGUUGAAAAUCGAGAGAGUUUUGAUGUACUGACACAGUAUCUGGCGAAUCCCACCCACGACACCAGUGGCAAUACUACGAGAUCGUUUGUUGCCAGAACUCAAAAUUUAUUCAGGACUGGCAGUCCAAUAAACGAGACCCUCUGCGAAGAAGAAAUUAGAAAAGAUAUUGAGAAUAAUAAAGGGGAAGUCAAAUAUCCAUCAAGUUUGGGACAAGACUGUGAUACUUUAAUUAAGCAGCAACUUGUUAUUUAUCUCGCAAAUAAGUAUAUGGAGGAUCAAGCCUCUCAGCACUGUGCACCCCUAGUGGUCGAAUUAUUUCACCCAGGAUGGGAUCCACGGACACUCCAGUUCAAAACUACGUAAUAAAAAUUUUUAACUCUUAAAAAUCACAGAAUGCUGAAGAGUUAGGAAUUUUUCCAAGGCAAAAACUGAAUGUUCACUCCCAAUAUAUGUCGAGAAUACUGCGAGAGUGAUACGAGGCAUUUAAUACUUCCGCAAGAACCACAUCCGUUGGAUCAUCAUAGAACCCAGUGUCGAUGUCUUUUUUUGUCUCGAGUACCUUGAGGCUCAAUGAAUGAAGUAAUUACAAAAAUUGUGAAUGCGAACGUUUUAUAUUAAAAUAUUAAAAACGGAAAAACACGAA